AUGGCAGUCGGACCCGUUGGUGGACUGGUGGAUGGCGACAAAGCUCGUGAGGUCUUUUUAAAGUCCAAGCUUCCCGUUGACAAACUGGGAUCUCUGGACCUUACCGACUUUACGAUCGCCAUGUUCUACAUUCAGCGGACCAUGGACGGAUCUAUCAGCACACUCCCAACAACCCUUCCUCCAUCAGUGCUGAAGGCGGCUGCAGGAUCUGCUGCCGGCGUAGGAUUAAUGUCAUCCCCUGUUUUGAGUGCCCAGACCCUUGCACGACAGGUCACCGGCGGAAGCUUGGGCAUUCAGAACCCUGCCGUUACGCGUCAGAUGACUGGGUCCAUGAGUUUGAGCUCCAGUCCUCUUGCCAAGCAGAACACGGGCGGACUUUCCGCUGACUCUAUUCCAUGGGAAAUCACCCCCGACGAAAAGGCCAAGUUCGAUCGUUUCUUUGAUCAUUUGGACGCAAAUGGCGAUGGCGUUGUCGAAGGAGAGGAGGCGGGCAGAUUCUUCAUGAAAUCGAGAUUGCCUGAAUCCGUUUUGGCACAGAUCUGGGAUCUCUCCGAUAUUACCAAGACUGGUAGUUUGAACAAGGACGAGUUUGCAGUUGCAAUGUUCCUGAUCAGCAGGAAGAACGCCUCAAACGACCCCAUCCCCAAGACCUUGCCUUUGUCCUUGGUCCCUCCUUCGUUCCGCGCACGCGCGGCAUUGUCCCAACCCUCUUCUCAGAUUGACGAUUUUUUUUCUGGCGAAGCUUAUGAUAAGCCGUCCCGUAACUCUACACCAAACGUUGCCGAGGACCCUUUUCGCAGUACAAGACCCUUGUCGCAUAAGCAACAACCAUCAAUGCCAGUGGACCUAUUCGACCUGCCCUUGACAAUUUCGUCCUCUUCGUCCCAGAGUAACAAGACUAGCGACUCUUUACCAUUGGCCUUUAUCGACCUACCAUUGACAACCUCCUCCUCGUCGUCGUCGUCGCCCCAGACGAACAAGACUAGGGCCGCGCAGUCAAACGGCAAUCAGGACCUGCGGACAAAACUGGCAAACGGAGAUGACGACCUCAGCAUAGGUAGCAAGCUCAAUCAGGAAAUCAAAGCCGUCAAGGACUUGCAGGCUGAACGCGCACAACUCGAAGAGCAAAUUAGUCGAGCCCAAGAUAUGCGUGGGAUGAUGGAACAGCGCCUAUCUAACCUCAAGACCCAAAAGGAGCGGGAAUCCAAAACCGUCGAUGAUUUAAAGUCGUCGCUGGCGAGUAUGGAGUCUGAAAUGGCGAAUCUGAGGAUGGCGAUUGGUGUGUCGAAACGGGAAUUGGAAGUCGCUCAGGAGGAUAAGAGGUCGUUCUUGAAGGCGCUUGCGGAGGGGCGGGAGGAGAGUUUGGAAUUAAAGGCGAGUUUGCAGAGGAGUUGCGAUGAAGUUGUGGAGUUGAGGAAGGAUUUGGAGGCGAGGAUGAGGAUGUUGGGGUUGGAUCCGGUGGAUUUCCCUGUCGUGCCGGGACCAGGACCGGGACCAGGACCGGGAGGGGCGAUGUUGCAUGUUGAAGUUGUAGAGCGAAAUGGCCAUGUGACUCGAGGACCGCAGUUUGUGAGGGACGAUUCGAUCGCAAUAUCGCCGCGGCAACGGAACCCAGAGUUCCGAGAACCAGAGCCAGUGCGGUUAGAAAUUAGAGGUCCUCAGGGCUGA